AACAUCCAGGAAGUAAAAAACCUCAAACAGUUUUCCAUAAAGUGGCGUAAGAAAUGUUCAAAACAAAAAUGGAAUGCCAAAAUAAUAUCAGCACCUUUUUCAGCUAUAUUGAUGAGAAUAAAAUUACGUUGGCUAAAGGUAUUUGUGCAAGUGUUAAAGUAGAAUUAUCGACUUUGAAACAAACAAAGGACAUAAACAGUUCAGAUGCAGAUAUUAUUAAGGAGAUAGAAGACCUUACGGAAAACAUACUGAUAGGAAAUUUCAAUAUUGUGAAAAGAAAAUAUAAGAAAGUCAGAGCUGCGUUCAUGGAGCUAAUGCAACAUAUAAAGUCAAAGAAGGGUCAUCAUACCGAAGAUACCGUGAUUCAACACAAGCAAAGACAAGAUCAACAGCCUGGAAUGCUAUGUGUAGAAAGGAGAGAACACCAAGAAAAUGAAGACAUCAACUACAGACGAAUGCAAGAAAACAAACGAGCAAGCCUAGCAAUGGUACAGAACAAUCCUGAUAUAGCGGACCUAAGUGAUACGAACAGACCAACAAAAAUAGCUGAGCGUUUCUCUGAAAUGUAUGACAAUGAAUGGACAGAAGUGUUCGAGGCUUUGAGCAAACUUAAGAAAGGAACGCUAGAGGAGUCUGAAAUUAUAAGCAUACUGCUUGAAAUUGUUCAGGAGGCUUACAAGAUUUGCCAGCAAGAAGCACAAAGUCAAAUACGUGAAAUGGAAAGUGUCUUUGCUGAAAUACUUACAGGACAAAAGGGUUACCAGGCAGACCAUGCUGAUGAAGGUCGAACGCUCUUGAUACAGUACAGAAAAGGUAGAGCUGGGAUAGCAUUAGAACGGCUUCACAAGAAUUUCCGAGGCAAACUGAAUGAUAUAUGCAAAAAGAGACUUUCAAAUGAACCUUCCGAUGCCGGACCCGCAGUAAGAUACGCAAGGAAAGCUGUUGAACUCACCUGGUGGAUGUGUGUACAGGACCCUCCAGUUUAUAUGUGUCCGACUACAGACAACUUUGAUCAAAAUAUGUACAAAGCUUACACAAAAUCCGGAAGCAAUCCAGAGUUUUUUGUGUGGCCUGCUUUAAGGCUUCAUAAAGAUGGGGUAGUUUUGCUGAAAGGUGUUGUGCAGUUUAAAUAACUGUUUACCAUGUUAAAACUAACACUAUCAACAUGUAUUUUGUUCAGACAGUAGGAUGUACAGAGUUCCAAUACAACGGCUGCUUAAGUUUUAGAAAUAUCAUACAUGAACCAUGCAGGCAAUAUCGUUAUUACGAGGGGUGUUCAAAUAUGAAUGCAACUAGACCAAUUUUCAGAAGUGCUUAACAAACAGUGCCAAAAUAAUUAUCUCAAUCCUUCUAAAUACUAACCACCAUGUGAUAUACAAAGUUUCAGUCUUUUAAUCCAAUUUUUAAAGGCGUUGUCAUAAUAUUUUCGAGGUAUACUGUUCAGACACUGGAAAAUAACCAAACCGAGAUUUUUGCGCGUUUGAUAUUUACUUCCAGCAAGGUGUUUAUUUGAGCCUCGGAAAUAGUAAAAAGCCACAAGGGGCAAGAUCUGGCGAAUAAGGAGGGCGAGGAAGCUCGACAACCUUUUCCUGUUUCAGAUAUUCGCGUACAAUGGCCGCUUUGUGUGACGAAGCAUUGUCAUGCAACAACCUUACACCACGGAGACCAGUUGCUGGUCGACUGUUUGCGAAAUAUUUCUUUGAUUUAUGAAGGACCUUGCCUUUGUAAAACUUAGCAUUUACAAAUUUCGUACGGCAAUUUGAAUAGCAGGACCUUGAUUUGUAAAGAAAAUUACAUACAUUACCUUUUUGACGCUCAUGGUGCGUUUUGCUAUGCAAGGUCUUUGGCUUCCUUUGGUUGCCCAUAUUUAGUUCUGUAUCUUUCCCUUGGGCUCUUAAAAGUGAACCCACGUCUCAUCGUAAGUGAUGAUAUUUACGAAAGAUCGAUUGUUGUAUUUAGAGAACUGUUUCAACAAUUGUUUGGCGAUUCUUACCCGAGCAAGUUUUUGCUCUUUUGUAAGGAGAUGGGGUAUCCAUCUGGCACUUAUCCUUCUCAUUUUUAAAUCACGUCUGAGAAUUGUAUGAGCAGCUCCUACUGAGAUACCGACGCAUUUAGCUAUAUGCCUAGUUGUAAAUCUUGCAUCGGUAGCAAUCAAAUCCUUUACUUUUUCAACUAUUUUUGGCGAAGUUGCAGUUAUCGGACGGCGUGCAUGAGGCGCAUCUUUUACUGAAUCUGCACCACUUUUAAAUUUCUUACACCACCGUGUGACAGAUGAAAAAGAAAGUUCAAAUUUCCCAUAAACACGACAUAUUUCAUUAAAUAUGUCUUUCGCCUGUAUACUAAGAAUACAGCGGUUCUUGAUAUAGGAACGUAUUUGGUCAGUGAAAGGAGACCUUUUCCCAACCAUUUUAGCUUUAGUGUACACGAGUAGAUAGUGUUAAUCGAGCUAUUGUCAAAGCUAGACUGAACGGAUUUAAACAUGUAUUGUAUCAAUGAAAAGCUCACACAACCCCCUAUGCGAUACAUGUACCUAUGUCGUGCAAAUCGUGGUUAAAAGCGAGAUAUUGGCCUAGUUGCAUUAAUAUUUGAACACCCCUCGUACAUAGACUAACACACAUACUUUUGAAGUUAAACUUAAAAGAUAUCAGUAUGCAUUAUCAAGGCAUUAGCAUAAUUCAGACUUGUAUAAGCACUGGACCACAAACCAAACACAUCUGGACGUGAUUAUUUUGUAACUUUAUUUAAAAGUCCCCUAUUUACCUUUCACAUUGAGGUAUAUGCGUAUAUCACAGUAACGUGUUUAUUGCAUUUGGUUGUUGUUCGGGUUUGGCGUCCUCUUUCAACAAUAGUUCGGUUAUGUAACAGUUGGCAGUUAACCUAACAAGUGUUCCUAGAAUUUUUACACAAGGACUUACCUGUCCUCCGCAAGUAACUACCAACUCCUUCACAUGCAUCAGAGGCGAAUGGCAAAUGAUUUCAGACACGAUUCUAUCAAAUCGUCACAGAGAAUAGUCGCCUUGUCCUGGGAACUGAUGACACCACGAUCAAUAGAUGUACGCUCUCCAUAUUGAGCUAAAUUUAUAAAUGUUAACAUACAUCAACAAUAUCAGUAUUUUUCAUGAUCAGUUGCAUGUAUGAUUUAAUACUAUUAAGGUAUGAUUAUUGUAGAAACUGCUGCAUAAGUCAAACUAUAUUAAGAACGAAAAAACGCCAGAUAUCAUGGACUGCCUUAAGGUCUUUUGAAAAAGAAACUAUGUAUUGUUGUCAACAGAAAAAAAUCAUGUCUUAUUGUCGUCUGAAAAAAUAUACCAGCAACCUUGGACUGUCUUAUAGUCUUCUGAAAAAGGCCAGGGACUGUCUGAACCAGGGGCUCUCUUACAAUAUUUGUAUGUUCCAAGAACAGAAAUAAUACAUUAUAAGAAAGAUAUUAAACAAGACAAUGACUAUCUUCAGGAAAACUGUGUUAACGUAGAAAACCCUGGCAUAUCAAGUGUCUGAAUUAAAUGAACUAAUCUUUAGGCUUAUAGUACCAGAGACCAAUCUCAUCAUAUAAUGAACAACAACAUAAACAAUAAAAAUAACAUUUUGUUAGCAAUCAUCGGCAAGAACACAGAUAAAAUAAUGAUUUGAUCAUACAUGACAUAUUAUGUAUAGGUUAUAAGUGCGGUAUUUCUGUAUAAUAUUACGUAUUUAUGAUGGCAGUAUGAACAGAACAAAUUAAUAUUACUUAAACAGUUACCAUAAUUAUUAAUUAGACAUUUACACUUCCGCAUUCCUCCCACUAUAUGCUCAGCCUUUCUGUCAAAUAGUAAAAGUUUAGUUUUUACAUCAAACUUUAUUCUCGAGAAAAUGGAAUAUAAGUUAUUUACCGCUUUUUAAUGCCUGAUCUACUUAAGAUUUCAUUGCGUAUCUAGCAUUGACUUAUUGUUUUAACUCCAAGGUAACAAAAUGUCUCAACAAUUUCUAACCUCUCGUUUUUAAUAUAUCAGUUAUGAUCAAUGACUGUAUUUCUUUUUCUUAAUAUACAAUUUUUUAUUUUAUUAAAACCCUCUUUAAUGGAAUACACAUAAAGGCUAUCUAACUGUGCCUGAAGGCUUCGUCCGCAAAUAAUAAAUCAUACUGCCGUGCGACUUUGGAACAUGGUGGAGUUAAGAGUGAAGUUAGGUGCUCCAUUAACCGGUAUAACGGUUAACCCAGUGAUGUUUCUGCCACAUGCCGUUCCAAGACGACCACCACUGUGUUCCUUUAUUUGUUCGUUUUGUCCUUGCGUUCGCUGCAUGUGUAUUGUAGCUCGGGGAUGCUGAUUUAGGACGUGGUUUUCCCUGUUGGAUAUUUAUUCUUGCUUUUUAAUCACCAAUUUUCUCCGUAAAUAUGCGGUACUUUUAUUUUGUGUAUCUAUAUUUCAUUAUGUAUUCUAACACGACCAGAUUUGUUUCCUUAUUAAACAAAGAAGACUGAAACUAAGUAUUAUUAUACAACAUAUGCACUGUUUGUCUGUCACAAUUAUUACGUCACAGCGUCAAACGUCAUGUAGCCGCGCGCAGGAAAGGAAACCACACAAAACAGGCAAAUAUUUGGUAUAAAUCUUCAAAACUGUAGAUGAUAAUCCUUGGUAACGUGUUAGAAUCGAAAUAAAUAAAUCUCUAACAGAGAUUUGCUCCUGAAUAAAAUCAUACAGGAUUCGAGUGCAUGAUCGAGGUCGUGGGUUCGAUCCCUAGCUGCGACAUACAAAAGACGUGAAAAAAUGGAACCAGCAGCUCCCUUGCUUGAAGCUCCGCAUUAAAAGGAAAUAGUGUUUGUCUUCAACGACAAAUUACUGUUUGUGAUAUAUUAUUUCUUUAUAUGUUUCAAAUAUGUUUUAAGUGACUUUUGUUUGGGUGGAUGUAUUUGAUAACCAUUUAACAAUCAGGUUUGUCCAAUUACAAUGAUCGCGAAUUACGUUAUUCCUUUCAAUACCCUUCAGGCAGGAGCACUUGCAGGACGGACUAUAUCGAUAUCAAAUGAGAAGUUUAGAAUAUCAUUUAUAUUAAAUAACAUAAUCAAAAUGAUCAGUUAAAACUCCCCCUUUAGAAAUAUUCUUUAACUUUUUCCUGAGAUUAUCAGUUCUUUUUAUAUUUAAUGAUACAGUCAUAUAUUGUGGACUGAGGAAAUAUAGGACAUGUUUGAUAAAACAACAGCCCUCGUUUUGUUUCCCGCUCCAAUCAGAGUCAUGCUAAGUUCUGUGAUGUAACUGCAUUGUUAGUAACAGUUUCAAAGCAGUUUUCGAGAGUUUUACAUAUUCAACAAAUCGUAGGUGGCAUUGAACGCGGAAAAUAAAAAAAAAUCAUUUGUAAACACACUUCGAGUAUGUUCGGCUGGUCUGUUGGGAACGGUCAUACAUACAUUAUGUACCUUUAACUGUAGUGCACAAUUGAUGGUGCAUGUAAUAAAGCAAUCAAUUCUACCACUUUAAACUGGAGGUGUUUUUGGACCGUAGACAUAUUAUACAUAGAUCAUUCAGCUAAAGCGGUAAUUAUAUUGUGAUGCAUUUAUUUUCCGCAUUAAUGAUAACAUCAGCGACAACAACUAAUGAUUUCUAUUAUGAAAAUGAAAGUAAAAUGCGCUUGUCACUUUUAAUCAUGUAAAACUUUGAUUUUAAAAACAAAAUAAUAAGGUUACCAUGAUAAUGGUUAAAAUAUAUACUUAAAAUUU